UACGCUUUAAGGCGCGCUUUUUCUGCGCACAGCACCUGUGUGGAAGCUAAAUGCUAAAGUAGCCUUUGCGUUCGGCCUCUCUGCUGCUUCACAAUAGACGGGAUACAAGCCUGCCGUUAAGUGCCCGAAAAACGCUCCUUUUUACUGUCCGUACGGGAAGUAUCGAAGGCCUGUGUCAGCGUGUUGCUAGGCUCCGGACUGUGCCAUGGGCAAAAAGUCUCGCGACGAAGAAUCCUCAUCCUCUGAAGAGGAAGAAUAUGUUGUGGAGAAGGUGCUGGAUCGGAGGGUGGUGAAAGGAAGAGUGGAGUUUUUCCUUAAAUGGAAAGGAUACUCAGACAAGCACAACACAUGGGAGCCAGAAAAGAAUCUGGACUGUCCUGAGCUGAUAGCAGAGUUUAUGAAGACCUACAAGAAAGGCAAUAGUGGGACUUCUGCACCAAGCAGCGGGGCCAGCAAAUCUACAACUGGUUCUUCAGGGCGUUCAAAAGAAUCCAGCAGCUCCAAGAAGAGGAGCUCUGAUGAUGAUGAAGAGGGCAGUAGCAAGCCCAAGAAAAAGAAAGAGGAUGAAAUCCUAGUGGCACGUGGGUUUGAGAGGGGCCUUGAGCCGGAGAAGAUCAUCGGAGCAACUGACUCGUGUGGAGACUUGAUGUUUCUCAUGAAGUGGAAAGAUUCCGAUGAGGCGGAUCUUGUACUUGCCAAGGAGGCCAAUCAUAAGUGUCCACAGAUCGUCAUAGCCUUCUACGAAGAGCGUCUCACCUGGCACGAAGACAGCGACAAGAAGGAGAAGGAUGCUGUCACCGCAUGAGUGCCUCGACUCAAGAGGAACACUCCACUGCAGGGACAACCUUGAGUCAGACUUUAUUUUUUUUUUGUAGUUUUUUUUUUUUUUUUUUCUCAAACACCUGAAAUCUCCCCCCAUCUUUCACUUAUACCAUGUCAACUGACACGAAGAUGACAGACAUGGUUGUCGUUUCCUCUAUCCAUGCCCUGAUCAGAGCGCAAUGGCCACAGACUGCUGGGGUGGGGGUACAUCCAAAAAGGAGCUGCAGUGGCUGUGGGUGAUGUGCUACAGGGGGAAAGAGUCACUGUCUUUGUCUUUAUAUCGAUUUAACUUUUUUUAUUAUCCUAGCAUAUGUUCUUAGGACUAAAAAGGAUGCGAUUAUAGCAGAAAGAAAUGCACAAAUUUAAAUUUUAAGAUGUAAUAAGCAUAUUAAUUUUGAGAAGCGGGGUGCAUACUGUAUUACCAUGGCAUCCUGUUCUAAAUUUUAAAUCACUGAUCUGUGUCUCCCCAUAGUAAAACAACAAUAGCGUUUGUAUUUGUGAAGCAGCUGCAUCAGUAUUUUCUUGACUGCUUCAUCGCAUCCUUUUAAGAACUAUUUUUAAUCAUGUAGGACUGCUUAUCACUUUUAAAAGCUGUUUUUAAUCGUAUAGUUUUGUUUUUCAUGUUUUCCAAAAUAUUCUGAGUUUUAAACGACUCUCUUCACUGCAUAGUGGCUUUUGUAUUUUCUUUUGUUGCCGGUUAUCCUCAUAUGUUGUAAUUUUUAAAAAACGUCACAUGACUGUGAUGAAGUACAAUAAAACAUUUUACUCUCUUUACA